CAGCGCGUGUGUAAACUGCACAUGCUGACGCGAGUAUGACUUAAAGUAGAAUAUGCUUGACUUUCUUUUUCUUUUGCCUUUUCUUUCCUUCUGUGAAAUAAUUGUAAUUUCUUCAAAGUUUGAGGCCAUCUGUAAUUUACCCAAACCCUAAGAGCUCCGACAGUAAAUAUACUUUUUAAUUUAGUUUACCGACUUUCCGGCGAUCUAUAAUUCCAUUCAUUUCUCUCAUUACUGAACUGGAGCCAUUUUCCGGUAAUUAAAGCUUUCCGCAGAAUGGAAGAAACUACUAAUAACACCGCACCGCCACCGCAUCAACCACCGCCAACCGCCUUUCCCCCCUCACACGACCACCACAACUCUUCCUCCGCCGCCGCCGCCACCUGUGCCAAAUGCGGUGGACCUACCUCCUACCCUAACCCACCACCUCCGUCCUCAAACCCGACCUACAUCCCAAUCCGCUUCCCGGCCGUGAAUCUGCCCAUGAAUCCGACCAACACUAAAGAAGCCAUCAUCCGCACUCCGGUCCCACAGCCCCAGAGAGUGAUCCCUCUCGAACCUCCUUACAACUUCCAGACUCCUGUCAAAGUGAUCUCCUCCCAAAACGACAUCGUCCGUUUCCACUCCUCCUCCACCUGCGCCAACUUCCUCGGCUUCGUCGUGUGCUUGUCGGAAUCCAUUAAAUCUCACAAGCUUUCGGAUCCGUGCCCCGUGUCUCCCGCCGUUUCCGCCGCCCUCGUCGGCGUGAUGGAGAAGCUGAUUUCCUUCGUCGAUGAAAUUCCGCCGGCGCCCCAGUCUUCGCGGUAUGGAAACGUCGCUUACCGCACCUGGCAUGAUCGGAUGAGCUCCCAUGCUGAGUCUUUUAUGCUUGAGUUGCUCCCUCCAAAUCUUGCCGAAGCGGCGGUGGAGUUAGUGCCCUAUUUUACUGAUAGUUUCGGCAACUCUAGCCGAAUUGAUUAUGGUACUGGUCAUGAAACAAAUUUUGCCGCAUGGUUGUACUGUUUGGCAAGAUUACAAAUUGUGAAAGAAGAUGAUUAUCAAGCUCUGGUAUCCAGGGUAUUUGUCAAGUACCUGGAUUUGAUGCGGAAGUUGCAACUAACGUACUCUUUAGAGCCAGCAGGAUCUCAUGGAGUUUGGGGUCUCGAUGACUAUCACUUUUUACCUUUCAUAUUUGGAUCUUCUCAGUUGAUUGACCACAAAUAUAUGAAGCCCAAGUCGAUUCAUAAUGAUGAUAUAUUAGAGAACUUUGCAAGUGAAUAUCUGUAUCUCUCUUGUAUUGUAUUCAUAAAGAAGGUUAAAAAGGGAGUGUUUGCUGAGCAUUCACCAAUGUUGGAUGAUAUUAGCGGUGUGCCUAAUUGGAAUAAGGUCAACAGUGGGCUCUUGAAGAUGUAUAAAGUGGAAGUUCUGCAGAAGGUUCCCAUCAUGCAACAUUUUCUUUUUGGUUCCAUUAUCAAAUGGUGAGCAUGGCUUAAUGUUUAUUGUUAGGAACAUCAUAAUGUGAAUGGCAUCAUUAGAAACUGCUUGAAAGAUGGAAGUUUAACACCUUUUGAUAUUGCUGUUAGGUAUAUCUAUGCAAUGAAAUUAUUGAAUGCUUAUGUGAUGAGUGUGUUUGUGAUUCCUCCUUGUCUGCUUUAAUAACCAACUCUGUAGAAAUGUGCAUAGCACUUUCAUGUGUACCGUUUCGCUUAUUUCUGUUUCUCCUUUUGACACGUGUUGGCUUUUUCUGCUCUAUUAUAUUUUGAUCGUUUCUUGAUAAUAUGCUGGGAAAGACAUAUUCGAAACCAGCCCUCUUAGAGGUUUAUGUGUAAAUAUCAUGCUUUUGGUUGUUGAACUCAAACCUUAGUUUCUUUAGGAGUUCCAGUUUUUCUCAGAAUCAUCACAUUCUAUUGUCGACGUUGUGUUUUAUUCUCCAAGUUUAGCUGCAAUCUUCGCGUUCGUUUUGGGAAGACAAGAAAGUAAUCGAAAUGAUUUUAGAUGUUUCCUUUUAAACUUUUGCACUUGUUUGACAUUAUUUUGAUGCAUUUACAUUUUAAAUGUUGCGUGUUCAAGUUAAAUUAAUGAUUUAUACUUUCUUUAUCUGUUUGGUUCUCUCAUUUUGACAGGGAAUGAUCCAUGGAACUUUUUUCCAUAUGGAUGCUGGAAGAAAGUUUUGGAGGUGACGGGUAUAUAGUUAAAUCUUUCUGUAUGCGAGAACAGGUUUUUUAUUUAGUGUUACGAAAUGUAAUGACAUUUUUGUCAUAAUCGCUGAAAAUAUGUCGGUUUAGAUAGUCUCUUGUUCAUCAAACUCAAAAUAGAUGGUUCAAGCAACGGGGUAGUUUCCAAGCGGUGUCCUGGAAACUGCAACUCAAAAUAGAUGGGCUCAAGCAACUAGGGAGUUUCCGAGGUUGUCCUGGAAACUGCAUUGGAUAUGGGGGUUUAGUUGCUUCAUGCAGUGGGUGCUUUGCUUUCGAGAAGCUGCACUGUCUACUUUCUUGCACGGAUUAGACAUUAGCUCCGGUAUGAAUUUGAAAGAGGUUGAAGUUGAGUCCCUACGGAAAACCUUGUAGAGAUUGAAAACAGACCAAUGUAAGACCUUUGUAAUUUUAGUUGGAUUUAAAUGAGAUUUUUAGCAGAAAAUAUGAGAAAAAAGAGAGGAAGACAUCUCAGUUUUUAGAAUAUUAUUUUGUACAUGUAAAAGGGCAAAACCGAGAUGACUCUCGGUCUUUCCAGCCAAGUAUUCAGCUAAAGUUUGACAGCAGAACAAUUACAAUAUCAUCACAACCGAGAUGAAUUUCAGCCUUUUCAACCAAGUAUUCUGCUAAAUGUUUGACUUCCGAACAAUUACGAUAUCCAGUUGACAUAGGAUUCAUGGUCAAAAUCUACCAUUUUGCAACUUUAGGGUGGUAUUCCAGUUUCCGUGCAUCUGUUUUUCAGGUUAAUUUGAUGAAUGAUGAGAAGUUCCAAUCAGUUGAGACCAAAGUUUCAAAAAUGCAUAUGGAUAUACAGCUCAGGAUGACAGUUCGGUCACUUUGAAGAUCCCACAGGACAAAAUGAUCGAAAAGGAGAUAUAAAGAUUGUACAAAGGCUCUAAUGUUAGCUAAGACCAUACGACUCUUCACUACAUUGUUUUCAUUCUUUCUUGAUAAUCUAAGCUCAAAAGGAAUUGAAUUGAAAUCCUACUUGUUGAGAAAAGAUAAGAAGAUUGACAAAACUCUCAUCAUUCUUCAGCAUAAAGUAAUUUGAUUGUGCCAUACUGCCACCAACAUCCCUAUGUGUAAGCAGAUCAGGCAUCGCAGCUUGCAUUGCAAGGGGAUUGCUCCAGGCAGGAUUCAACGAGCUGCGCUCAUCAUCAGCUAUUUGCCAGUCCAUUCUUUCCAAUCUUUGUCAAGAUGGUUUUGAGCCCAUUUAAUAGCCGCUCUCGCAGCUUGUGGACCUCCGGGCAGACCUUGUUCGUUUAUAGUUUCAGCCAUUUCCAUGAAAGGAUCAACCAAGAGAGUUCCCGGGCCGCCAUACUCAGUGUGAAAGAAAUUGUCAAUGAUCUGUUUAAGAUACAUGGGGUUAAAUAUAAGGCGAAUUUGAAUCCUUUAUAUUCCUUUCAAGAGAAACCAUAAGGAAAAAGGACUAUGACACACAAAACAAAAUUGUUGCCCACCUGCAAAGGGUAAUUAAUAUACAGCAACAAUAUUUUCCAUAACACACUACUUUGAUUUGGUAAAAUUAAGCGAAGCAGCAAAAUAUAGUACAUUCCCCAGCUUCUUUACUUUAAUUAACACUAGCGAGCAUUCAUAUAACACUUGCAGUAAGAACACCAUAACUAGAGUUGCCAACAUAGUAUCUUAUCCAAAAAUACUAGUGCACCACAGGUAAUUAAAGUUGCUCUACAGGUUGAAAUCCUUAUUCAUUGUAAAAUGGCACAAAAGAAGAAAGUCUACAGCUUUAAGAUAAGGUUUCAGUAGCAGAUAAAAAUGACAACUAGGAAAGCAGAAAAGGUACCUGGGUACAAAUUUCGACAACUUCUUCAACUUCAUCUCCAAAUAUAUCUUUCUUUGAGAGCUUAUCAAGAAGAUGGGUCCUAAACUUCUCUGUUUCCUGAACCCAUGAAAUAAAAAAAACAAAUAAAAAAAAAAAAACAAUCAGCAACGAAACUAAGCAAAAGGGAUCUCAAAAUUCACAAAACAAUUGAGUCCUGAAAGCAUCCAAACUUUUCUUGAAUAUUUUUGGCGUCAGUCAAAAUCAAAAGGGAUGAGUUAACUGGUACUUACAGCUUCGGCAAACUCAGGAAUGGGGUCAGGGAACUUGUACUCAGCAGCCCUGCAAGUGAGCUUAGGAGUUCUGGAAUUCCCGAAGAAAGGGAUCCUGCAUAAGCUAUUCAGUCGAAAACUCUUGUGGUAAAAUGGAGAUGAAGAAGAAGAAAUUGAAGCCGUAUUAGGCAACGGAGUCAAUGGAAGAGAAGAAGCAGGUAUAGAAGACGCAGAGACAGUUGAAGAAGAACACUGAAGUACAGGAAGCAAAGAAGCCAUUUUUCAUUCGGGGCUACGCCAAGUUACUCUUAUCCUUACUGCCACCGUUGUUAUUUGACGCUUCUAGUUCUACUGCUGUUCUAGUGGAGUUGCACAAAACCAAAAAUAGUCCAUCUUUAAGGGUUUAGGGCUUUAAGGGACUUUUUUGUUUUUCUUUGUCCAGUUAUUUGGUGUGAGGUAGGGUGACUCAUUUUUUGGCGCUUUUCCAAGUUCCAACCUUUCUUUUCUUUUUCCUGCGAAGGCAUUCAUCUUUUAACAUUUUCGCUGUAUAUUUCAAUUUUUCACGCAGUGUAAACAAAGCGAAGCAGAUUGAAAUUGGACGGAUAAAAGUGAAGUAUCAUUUCUAUUACAUAAUGAGCCUAAAACUGCAAAAGUAUAUCAAUCCUUUCCCUCAAAGAAAGGAAGGGAAAAAAAAAAAAACAAGGAAAGAGCCUUCCCUGCCUAGUUUUAUCUCAAAUUACCAUUCACCCUUGAUGAAUCAGGAUG